AUGAAGGAUGGGCGGCGCCGCGCAGAGCUCCGCUGGGAAUCAUUGUUCAGCCCGAGGCUAUGCAAUGAACGACCGUCAGGCCUCGACGCGCAGGAGCUGGCGUCGUCUGAAUCCUUUCCGUGGAGACCUCUUCCGGCUGCCGGCGUCGCCGCGUCUUCUCCGAAAAAGCCCGCUUUUUUCAGGUAGCUAACAAGGUUUUCUCAGUUCUUUGUAAGUUCAUUUUCCGUUUUUUUUUUUUGAGAUCUAAUCUUUGUGAAAUUUUUUUGAGAAUCUAUUGAUGGUUGCUUUUCUCGAUUUCUCUCUUCUUUUAGCUUUUCAAAUUUAUCGAAGACCUAAUUUGAAAGCUAAAAAUUUUUAAAAGAGAAAAGACAUGUUGCGAAUUUCAUCCGAUUGUGAAGUAGAUGGCAGGAAUUUUUUUAUCCCUCAUGACAUAACUCAUCGGUAAAAAUGUUCAAUCAAUUCAUUCUGGUCAGAACUUUUUCGUAGAGAAGUGCUAUUAAACGCGUUUGGAAAAAAGGACGGAAUAUAGAACUUUGCGAUUUUAUGAUUUCUGCAAACCAUGUAUAUGCAAAUUUUUUAAAAUAGUUUUUCUGUUAGCUCUAUCAGAAUUCUCACAUGUUGAAAAUGACGAGAGAAAGCAACGAAAAUUUUUGAAAAAAAAAGUUUUUUUCCUUUUCAAAUUUCCUUUUCAAUUUUCUUCAAAAAUCACAUUUUGAGAUCGGAAGCUGCAAUCACUGAAAAAUAAUCUGUAGCUCAAUUAAUUUGUUAAUAACUAAAAAAAAAGAACUGGAAUUUCCUAUAUUCCGAGAGUUAGUCAGUUCGGAAGUUCUCACAAGAGUACUUCACUCCCUUCCAAGGUUUACCGUUUAUCUAAUUUUCGUCAAGUCUCAGGCGCAAAAAUCAGAGCGAGCUGUUCGAGUGUCUCUCCCCCACGACAACAAAUAUUUUGCAAUUGAUUGUUUUUCGUCGGACUGUCCCUCUUUUGCGCGCGAUAUUUCAACAAUGGUGAUUGGACUUGGAUUCCCCUAUUGAAAUUCGAGAUCGACUCAAGCUCUCUGGCAGAGUCUCGAAAAUCUCUUGCUCGUUUUCAGAAGGAGAAACUUUCGAGAUGCCCUUAGAAAGACGAUAAUCAUUUUUUUUUAAUUUAAAAUAUUUUCUGAUAAGUUGAAAGAUUAAUUCAAAAAGAGAAGGUAAAUGGGAAAUCUCAGACUCAUCGGAGAGCCACACGGACUGGAACUUCGCGCGAACGUCUUCUCUAAAGGUUCAGUUUGGCAGUGUUCCAUCCAAACUGAACGGUUUUAGGAGAAGAAGCGAACGUCUUCGUGCGAAGCAUCCGUUCAAUGCGACGUCGUCGGGCCGCCUGAAGCCGUGCCGACGUCGCCUGUCAGAAGAAGGCGUGAAGCAGUUCACACUCCGUUGCCUCUUGAAGACAGAAGCUCCGUCGUGUCGCUUCUGACGGCACAGUUCGAAGUCACGCCUCAAUGUACACUCAACUCUCCGCUCCGCCCUCUUUUCAGACUCGAGAAUGUGAUCAGCUCUUUUGAUUAACUUUUUAUAUUGCUUCCUGCAGUUUUUCUCUUCGGAUGAGCUGCAGCAGUCAUUCGUAGGACGGGAGUGGCUUUUUCGGUGCGUAUUUUAUUUCAAAUAAUUUUGCUCCAAAGUUGUGUAGAUCUUUUCAGAAUGUAAAAAUCGUAGCCACUUAAAACGAAGAGAAGGUAUUAUCGAGUGACGUUCAGGCUUGCCAGCCAGGACUUUGGGCCUCAUUUUUGAGAAAAAGUCAGCGCGGGCUUGGGCCAGACCAGGCUUCAACAAAAAUUUUAAAUUUCGUUUAAAAACUUUUCACUUGUUGAAUCAUAGUUUCUGUUGAACUCUAAGGGCAAAAUAAAGUAAACAGAAGACUUUUGUCGUAAAAAAAAAAGCUUGAUAUUAGACUUGAAGAAAAUUUGAGCUUUUUGGGCCGGGUCGGCUUUUUUUUUUGCUUGAGGCCUCCCUAUGACCGGGCCGUGCUUAGAAAAUUACCGGGGCCGAUACGCAGAUGAGCCAGCUCUCGCACAAGCCUGAUGACGUUCAGGAAACUGAACAUGAAAGCAUCUUGCAGACAUUUUCCUUUAAUAUGAAUAAAAUUUUGCAAAAGCUUCGCUCAAAGUUUUCAACAUUUUAAGAAAAGGGAGUGGUAUUUUGACAAAAUAAAAAUAGAAAAAUAUCAACCUCCAAACUCAAUAGGGAAAUCUACGAAUCGAGCGUGGGGGACAAAAUGGACGUAACUUGUGUGUUGGGGGCGGCCGGCAGCGGAAAGACGACCAUUGUCAAGCAGAUCGUGCUUCACUCCUCCUUCUACCAACUUCGAGUUGGUUAAAAGCCGUUCCAAAGUCUCGAGCCAGAUGUUCUCAGAACGCGACGCUGGAACGGCAGAAGAACGAAUGGCUGCGUGCCGUGGCUUCGCGAGUUGUCGCAUGGCACAUCUGCGACGUCCAGAACGUGGGCUGGAUACGAAUUCAUUCGAAAAUCAAAUAGUUAUAGGCGGCUUCGUGUUCGAUCCCCGAGUUCCUGUGUAACUUGACAGCUUGGUUGGCCUCUUCCCACGUCCUGCAAGCCUACGCCAGGGCCAUCUCUAAGGUCAGACUCCUCUCCGAUCCUUAACUCCCGGAGUUGCAGGACCAAGAUCUUCUGAAACUGGCGAGGGUCGAGGAGUGCGAAAAGAGAGACUGUCGUCAGGUCUUUGCACGUCUAAUUGCCCAGCCUUUGUCUCGAAUCGAGUCCAGUGAUGAGGUGAGACUUAAGUGGUGCAAUGAUAUCUUGGCACGUUAUCAAAAGUAUCUCCUUUUUCAUUCCCUUUUUAAAAAUCACUUGAGGGUCCACUUUUAAUUGUCGUCGAUGGAUUGGACCACGCGGAUUACUAUCACAGUGAUGAUGAUAACUGCAUUCGUAAGUUUUUUUUUUUUCAAUAUUCCAGUUUCUUUUUUUUAUGGGAGGUUCGUCUCCGAUACCAUCAAAUUUUGGCUAGUAUAAUCUGCUUUCAUCAGAACUUCAGAGAAAUGAGAAAAAAAAAUUUUAAAAAAAAGCUCCUUCAUGUUUCGCGAUUUUUCAACUUUUUGAUUACAAUCGUCAGUCUUAUUUUCAAGGGAAGUUCAUAUUAGAAGUUCGUCCGAGUCUUCCAAAAUGGAUCAAGAUCGUCAUAACCGGCGAAAACUUGGGCCGAGCGGCCGAAGUUCAGCAAAGAACGAUCAGAAUAGGUAUUGGAAUUUUUUCGACUCAUGGAAGCAAUAUAUUUCGGAUGACCUGAGAGACGACCGCGUCUUGUGCGACCAAAGACUUCUCCUGAAGACGGCGAACCUCGACGGCGACGCGGAAUUCUGCGAAGAAGUUCUGCGGGGAUCUCAAGGAAGCAUGCUUUUCACUUCACUGUGCAUCCGUGACCCGUCAGUUCACAAUUCAACUUGCUUUUUAUCUUUCUCCCAGACUCCCUCCGGCGAGCACCGUCGAACAAUUGCUGGAGCGGUUCUUAGGACGCAUCUUAGGGUUGGAUUCCAAAAAACGACAAUCAAAGCACUCGGAUUCUAGAGAGUCAUCUCUGCAACUGGCAACCAACCUCCUGAACGUGCUCGCCACUUCGAUGUACCCGAUGAAUUUGGAAGAUUUGCGCGAAACGCUCGUUUUCACCUCUCUACAGUAUAAACCCAUUGAUGUGGCGCUUCUGAACCAUACGUAGGAAGUUCUGAAAUAGCCGAGGUCACCAAAACCAAUCCAGAUUAGAACUCUUGUCGCCGUUGCUGCGUUGCUCCGCCACUGAACAUUUCACGAUUCGCGAGUCUCUCAUUGGAAAUUUCUUGCUCCAUGCCGCAUCGCCACGCUACCGACUCCAACCUAAGCAAGACUGAAAUGUUUGAAAAUGAAUAGUUUCUUCUGGUUAUAGACUGGGACAUAUGCUGCACGCGACGCGGUUGGCCUUUCGGGGACAGCUUUCCCCACCUGAAAUGUUCCUCCUCGCGCACCACAUCUUGAAGGCCAACCCGACCAAGAAUCUUCGUCGCCAGCCUCUUUUUACGGUAUCUUACCUUUGUUUUUGAAUAUUAAAUACGCUAACAACGGAUCAUGUUCGUUUGGUUCAAUGUGUUAGUCCAAACUUUCGUUCAAUGUGUUAGUCCAAACUUUGGACUAACACAUUGAUUUGAAAUGUUACAGUUUGCCAAAACUCGGGAAUCUCUGCUGGAAUGGCUCCGAAACUCGUCGGCUGACAUUUCCACGGCGCUAUGUUCUCCCCGACAUCUUCAAUAUCCGAACCUGAAGGUUUUCUAUGCCUCAUGUCUUCUAAUCCCUUGCAAGAGUAGACGACGUCGCUGCUGAUCGAAGCUGGAGCUGAUGUCGAUGCCGACCUCGACGGCAGGAAUUUGGUGGAAGUGACCGCCGCCUUGGGCUUUUUUCCUCUUGUUAAGAUGCUCGUGAGCUGCUCGAAAUUGCGACACAUUGGUAUGAAAGACAAUGAAAAGGAUGCAUCUUUUUGAUUGGAGCUUCUCUGAUUGCCCCAACAGCGAGCAAAUUCGGAGAUCUAGAAACGGUCCGGCACAUUAUCGAUUCUUUGGACGCCGAAUGCCUUUCCGAGUGUUGUGUCAAAGCCGCCGCCUCCGGCCAUUUGCAGGUUCUUCCGAGACUUGAUUCCUCGAAUUUUCGAAUUUUUGAGUAUUGAUUAUUUAUUUUUCCUUCUCUUAGGUGCUCACAUUCCUCCUGAACUCCGCACACAUGAGCAGCGUUCAUCGGAAGAAUUGUAUCGAGAAAUGCGCCUGGGAAGCGUCAAAAACAGGUGGGAAAAGAGUCUAAUUUAAAGUUGGGAGCCGGUAAAUCAUCAGGGGCCGUCAUCAUUCCAUUGAUUUUUCCAGCCUUGCUAGGCUCUAAUAAUGAUUAUUUUUAAAAAAAACGGGUUUUCCCCUAAUAAAAAAGUUUAUCUUUAAAUCUUUGAAGUUGAAAUCUUCCAGACUUAAAAAAAGAGAAUGGCCUGUAGAUAUUGAAUGGAAGAUAUACUUGAAGAUUUUCUGGCGCUUUUCCAGAUCUUAAUUUCGAAAAAGAGCGAAAAAAAUCAAAAAUUUUUGAUCAAAAAAAGGAUAAAAAAAGUAGGAAUUAAAAAAACUUAAUGAAUCUAUUAGCCUUAUGCUUUCGAAAAAGUUCAGCUUUGAAAAAAUAGAAUAAAGAGUUUCUGUAAACACUUUUCAAAUGUGAUGUCAAAAUUUCGGAAAAGCCGGAUUUUUAACAAUUUCGAGAGAAUCUUUUUUUUGUCAACUCUGCAAAGCUUUCAGACCGGCUGAACGUGCUGGAGUUCGCUUUGCAGUCCGAAAACAUCGAUGUUGCCGCGUGUAUGAGAAUCGCCUGUUUGAACUCGUCGCUCAACGUCGUGCUCAUGCUGCUCGCCCGGUUCGAGAGUCGCUCCAGCCGCGUCCAGCCUCGGAGUUUCAGAGGCCAGGCGAUGAGCGACGAGUGGAAGCCGAAACAGUCGCCUCUGUUGGUCGCGGCCAGCAGCGAAAGCUGGCAGAUGCUCCUGGCGGCGUUGAAGAUCGUCGACGACGUCGAUGUGAGCGACGUCAGGGGUCGAACUGCCUUGUCUCUGGCGGCAGCGCGUGGCGAUUCGGUUAUGAUCGACAUUCUACUCGCGAGAAGUUCUCUGGCUGAUUUUCCCACCUUUAACUUCCGAUCGGUUUCAAAGAGGCCGAUGCCGAGUGUGUGGACUCUCAAGGCUGGACGGCUCUUCUACAUGCGGUCGACAGUUCGCAGUUGGCUGCAGUUCGAUCUCUUCUGAGGAACGGCGUCAGCGUUAACGUCCGCGACUUACGAGGUAGAUUUUUUAUGCAGUAUUCAAAGUAAAUUCCGCGAAAUGCCCUAUUAUCUCUGACUCUUCAAAAUUUUGCUCAUCUUUUCUUCUCUGAUGGCUGUUUUGGGUUUCGCAGAAUCACUUUGAACGCGGCAUUACUUACAAGAAAGGUCCAUCAGAGUUCACAUUUUUACGUGAAGUCUGGUGAAAAAGAAGAGAAGAUCUUCAUCUGAACCUGUGAAUUCGCAGCAAAAGUCAUAGCGAAUGCCGGAAUCCCGACUCAAAUUCUGACCCCUAUGAGGAAUUAUCAUAUACAUUGAAAAAGAAAUGAAAUAAGUUCUGUAGGACGCUGGACAGCACACAUCGCGUGUCAACGAGCUUCUGUUGACGUUAUUCGGACCCUUCUCGAAGCAGGACUCGAUAUCGACGUCAAAGACGAGCAAGGCCUCAGGCCUAUCGAGGUCGCCAUAACUUCGAACAACAAAACAGCCGUCCGUCUACUCGCAAGUCGGUAAGUCAGGUCACUCUCGAUUGACCCUACUUUACUUUGUCCAGCGGAGCACGUUUACGAGGGACUACCUGGGAGAAAGCGGCCCAGUACGACUAUGACAUCGUUUUCAUUCUUCUGAACAAGCUUCUUGAUGAUGCAAACCAGCUCACAAAGUUGUCUUCCAGCUGUGAGGCGAAUGUUUCGAAAAAAAACCAUUUCAGAAAGAAAAAGUACGAAGAAGCAUUGUACCGUUUGAACUACGCCAUAGACCGAUGUACGCGGCUCAAAUCGAAGAAAGGUAGGUUAUGGACUGCCGACGGCCUUUGUAGUGGCUUCUAGAACACGAACAGAGGCUUCUGGCCCUCGAACAGCAGGCUUUGCUAUCGAAGGCACGAGUGCGACGGAAGCAAGGCCGUUUCGAAGAGGCCAUCCAGACGUGCGUUACGGCGGAGAGCCUCUGCGACUGCGACGACGACGCUCUCUACGCCAUCGCCUUGCUUCGUGCCAAAUGUCACUUCGACGGUCGCCAAGUGCAGCAGGCCCGAGAGUCGGCCAGGAUCGCCGCCCUGCUCAGGCCUUUCGACGACGAGUGUCGCCAGCUUCUCGCCGUGUUACAAUCGCCUCUCACUCACAUAUGCCACCUCUGA